ACAUAGAAUUGUCACGUGGAUUUUCUUCUUUCGAUUCUGAAACACAGCACAUAGGCCAGGGACGUAUAAUAAGAUCCCUGCACUAUAGGCCAAACAGCACCAGCAUGGACAACACCGGACUUCCAGAACUGAUUCCCUGCCUUGAUGUCAAGGAUACACAGUUUGAUGGUGUUGUUGUGGUAACAGAUAGUGUGACUAAAUUAUCAGGCGUUAAUGACAAUCUGGAAUGUUUGAAGGCUCCACUGGAGAAAUAUAACCAGGUGGAUUUGGCCUUUGGUAAGGACGUGACACUGAUUGAUACAGAUGUUAUUCCAUCCAGACGGCUGAUAUUUUCUCCCACUGGACCUCUGAACCGAGACUAUGAUGAUGUGCGACGAUUUGCUGAUGCAGGAAAGAAAGGCAUUCAAAGGGCGAUGCAGGCAGGAUGUAAAUGUCCCCUACUGGUCCGACCCAUAGACAGCAGUUUUCCCAAGGCCGGAAGUGUUACAACACUAGCUGCUCUACAGGCCGUCUAUGUGCCCCUUGAGAUACGGGAGGAUCUCCCAGCCAAGAGUUCAAAGAUCUCGAAACUUGGUGUUUGGUGCAAUGAUCUGAAGCGGGUAGCCCAGGGCAUUGACCUUGCCAAUGGUUUGGAAAAAGGAAGAAUCAUGACACGUGACAUCGGGGGAUCAGACCCAGAACGCAUGGCCGCCCCACGGGUAGAGGAGUAUGUUACAUCAAUGUUCCGGAACACGGCGGUCAAGGUAACAGUGCAUGCUGAUGCUGGUCAGUUCCAACAGGAAUACCCACUACUGUCUGCAGUUAACAGGGCUGCUAACAAAGUGGACAGACACCGUGGUCGUCUGAUCUUCCUAGAGUAUGAAGGGGAGGGCAAGGUGGAGAAAACCCUGUUUUUGGUGGGAAAGGGGAUCACCUAUGACACAGGUGGAGCUGAUAUAAAGGCUGGAGGAGUGAUGGCUGGCAUGCACAGAGACAAAUGUGGUGCUGCUACUGUGGCUGGAUUCUUCAAGACAUUAUCAGAGUUGAAACCAAAAGGCCUCAGAGUGGUUGGAGCUCUCUGUAUGGUUAGGAACAGUGUUGGAUCAGAGUGUUAUGUGGCAGACGAAAUCAUUACCUCCAGGGCUGGGGUCAGAGUUCGUGUAGGAAAUACUGAUGCUGAAGGUCGUAUGGUGAUGGCAGAUGUAUUGUGUCACUGUAAGGAAAUGGCACUUGAUGCUACCAAUCCAGAGCUGUUCACCAUAGCAACACUAACUGGCCACGCUAUUCGAGCCAUGGGACCAACAUAUUCUAUCAUCAUGGACAAUGGACCAGCUCGACAACUUAACACAGCUCGUUCUAUGCAGGAGGUUGGAGAUGUCUGGGGUGACCCCUUUGAGGUCUCGACGAUCCGACGUGAAGAUUUUGAGUUCCACACAGGAAAGUCCGAGUAUGAGGAUGUGCUCCAGGCUAACAAUAUCCCGUCGUCUGCUACACCCCGUGGACACCAGACACCAUCUGCCUUCCUCAUCAUGUCCUCAGGGCUUGACAAGCAUGGUGUGGAUUCCAAGCAGCCACUUCCUUAUUCACAUCUGGACAUAGCUGGAUCUUCUGGACCCUUCCCAGGGGUCCCCACAGGUUCACCACUAGUUGCCAUGGCAGCCAAGUACAUCCUCCCCAGGUUGUGAUAACCUUGAUGAUAAAACAUGACCUACACUUGUAGAUGGGAUUUUGUUAUAAGAACUUUUAGUGUCAUAUGUAAUCAGGUUGAUGUUCUCCUGUACUAUGGAAGAAUUCAGUUGUGAAUGUAAUUCAGAUAUAUAUAUAUAUUUGUGUAUUAUCAAGAUGCUAAGAUAAUUUUCAGUUUAUGAUUAUAUAAUUGUUGUGGAAUAAAUUGAGUUCUUGUUCACUCGGUCAACCAUGCUUUUGAAAUAAGCUUUAUGUGAUCAGUGCUCUCCGUUUAUGAUUUUUAUUUUAGUUAUUUUAUCAAGAGUUAUGCCCCUUAUAUAUAAACAUGUGUUAGCUUCUGUUUACAAUUCUCGUUACAUAUUGAAUGCUCGUGUAUUAUUACAGAGGUAUAUAUACACUAUUAUUACAUAUGUCAUAAGUCUAUGGUAUACCGGGUAAUAGAAAUAAUGUGGAAAGUAACUUUAUAUUGUGGUACAUUAUCAAUCACUCUGUCAAUUGUCCAUCAUGCAUCAAUUUCUUCUAAAAAACCAUUUGAUUUAGGGUCAUGGUAUGAAUGGUUUGACCCUGGCUGUUAAUAGGACGUUAAACAAAAACAAACCAAAUGAAUGGUUAUCAUGUUUGUACAAAUGAAUGACCUUGACCUACAUCGGGGUCAAAAGUGCCAAAAUAUUUAUCCUUUUUUUUCUGAAUAACGAGAAGAGAAUUACAAUGUUUAAUAUACCAGAAGGUUCAUUGAUUUAGGAUCCACAAUAAGACCAAUAGUACUUGAAAGUAACAUGAAUAAAAUCUUCAAACAUUGUGCAUGCAGUCUUCUCUACAUAAGCUACCGGCGAGCAACACAGGUCCAUUGGUCCUCCUAUAUUUUCCUUGAUCAGCAUUACGAUAAUGAGAUUUCAGGUUGUGUACACAAAACAGAAAUGCUAUAGGUUGAUUGUAUACCUGUAUAUAACUUAAUAUGAUUUUUCUGAAUUUAUAAUCAAACCCAAUAAAUAUAUUACAUAUCAACAG